UUCUUUUUCAUACCCCUGGAUCUUUUUCUACCUUCAUUUGGAUCCUAAACUUUCUCAGUCUGGUUCCUACUUUCUUGAUUCAGAGAGCUAUCCUUCCCCUCUAUCUCCCCCUGCACUCCUCUUUGUCUCCCAUCCCUUUUAGCUCUUCCUUUUUUCUGUCCUUUUCUCUGGCUAUGCACCAUGUUGUCCUCCCCUACUGUGAUCCUUCAGCCCUACGGACUCCCUGUUUACCCCCAGACAGCUACCUGCUACCCCAGCAUAGUACAGGGUGCCACCGUCCAAGAGGCGGGGCCAGGCAAUGGCGACCCCUCACUUCCUCAGAUCUAUGCCCCACCCCCUUCAUAUCCUCCACCUGGUCAAGCCCCACCCACACCUGCUGCCAGGCUGCCACCCCUUGAUUUCAACCCCGCCCAUCCUAGCUCAGAAUAUUCAGAUCAUCACCAGUUAAGAGUCUACCAGGGCUCUCAACAUGACGGGAUGCAGUCUAUAACUGCUAAUAACACGGAUGAUUCUUUGGCUCCAGUGACGUCUGACCCUCAGUCUCUUAAUGUUUCUGUGGUACCUGGGAGCGGGACAGGAAGUGGAAGUGAGGAGGAGGGGGCUGGUAAGGCCCAACCCAAAAGACUCCACGUGUCCAACAUCCCUUUUAGGUUUCGUGACCCAGACCUGAGGCAAAUGUUUGGGCAAUUUGGCAAGAUUCUAGAUGUGGAGAUCAUCUUUAAUGAGAGAGGAUCCAAGGGUUUUGGGUUUGUGACAUUCGAGAGUGCAGUGGAAGCAGACCAAGCGAGAGAGAAGCUCAACGGAACGAUCGUUGAGGGAAGGAAGAUUGAGGUGAACAACGCCACAGCGAGGGUGGUGACAAAGAAGCCCCAGACACCUUUAGUGAACACUGCUGGGUGGAAAAUCAAUCCAGUAAUGGGAGCGAUGUAUGCUCCUGAACUUUAUACAGUCACCAGCUUUCCUUAUCCUAUGCCCACGCCAACCUUGGCCUACAGAGGUUCUGCCCUCCGUGGGCGUGGUCGAGCAGUCUACAAUACCAUCCGGUCAGCUGCAGCAGCAGCAGCCACACCAGCUGCAUUACCAGCCUAUCCAGGGGUGGUAUAUCAGGAUGGAUUGUACAGUGCUGAGGUUUAUGGAGGAUAUCCAGCCACAUAUCGAGUGGCCCAGUCCACCUCAGCCGCUGCAACAGCCACAUACAGUGAUGGAUAUGGGAGAGUCUAUGCCGCAGCAACAGACCCCUACCAUCACUCAGUGGGACCCACAACAUCUUAUGGAGUUGGAACAAUGGCAAGUUUGUACCGUGGGGGCUACAACCGCUUCACUCCAUACUGAACAGAAACUAUUCUGUGACUGCAACACACUUCCUUUUUAAUUGUCUGUUGCUGACAAUGACUAGACGCUCUUUUCCUAUGUGAACCAUGACUUCUGAGGAACUGUUUGACUUUGAGAUUGUAAAUAAUGCGGCUGACACUUUGCUAUUUAUUGCGGAAAGAUGAAUUCAGCCUGAAAACAUUAAGAAUUAUAUUUAUGGACUUUUAUUUAAGUCUGAAUGCAAGGGAAAAAAUGGGAGAAAACAAAAGUUCACAUGCUUGCUUAAAAGAAGCACAGUGUCAAGCUGAUGAAGAUGUUGUUAUUAUCUAUGUACUGAUACUAUUAAAGGGAUAGUUCACCUGAAAAUGAAAAUUCAGUAAUCAUUUACUCAUCCCUAUGACUUUCUUUCUUUUUUAGGAUGAAACCAACAGAUUUACAGGCAGAUGUUAGGCAGAUUGUUAGGCCUCAGUCACCAUCCAUUUUCAUUGUAUGGACAAAAGAUGCAAAUAAAGUUAAUGGUGACUGAAGUCCCCAAAAUUCUGCCUGAAAUCUCCUUUUGUGUCCCACGGAAGAAAGGAAAUCAAGUGGUUUUGGAACAAAGUGUGCACACUUUAUGACAAAAUUUUCCUUUUUGGGUGAACUAUCCCUUUAAUGGUGCAGUUACAGAAUUGUAAUAUGCUAACAAAGCCUCACAGGUAUAUGGUAGGCCUUACAAUGAGGAUAUUGAUUACAAAAUAGUGUCAUUUUGUUACAAAAUGUUAGUACAAAAUCUGGGUUGAAUAAUGAAAUAUAAUAUGUUCAUAGACAUAUUAUAUCUGGAACUUUCCCCAGAGUGAAAUAUGCAGAACACUGAACCUGUCUAGUAUGUAUAGGUUUGAGUUUGUGUUGGUGUGUGAGUGUUGAUGUGUGUGUGUGUGUGCACGCGUGUGUGUGUGUGUGUGUGUGUGUGGUGUGUUGGAGUGUAUUUUGAGUGUGUGUAAUUUUACAGCUAUCAGCUAUUAUAAUGCAAUACUGUGAGAUAUAGCAAUGGCACUGGUGUGGGUGAUUUGUUCUCUCUCAAUACAAUCUACCUCUAAAUAUCUCUUUAUUCUAUUCUUUUGCAAACCUCUCACUAUUUUCCAAUGGGGCAAUUUCUAUAUCUUCAUUAUGGAUGGCUUGCUUGCAUGUUUUAGUCUACAAAAAUCUUUGGUGCUUUCCUCUCAAAUUCAACGCCCCUCUUACUCAUUUCCUGUAAUAUCUUGUUGUAUCAUGGCCCAUUGUUCUUGUUCCUUUCUCUGUUCCUUGUCUGCUGCUUCAAAUUCUGUUUUUACUCCAGUAAUAAAACCUAAUUUUCAUCUUUAAUCUACUUUUUAGUUUUCACUUACUCUUUUCACGCUUCUUGUCAUCAGAUGUGCUUUACUUACCUUUACUGUCUGCUUUCAAAGGCUUUCUUCUUUCUAGCUAUCUAAAGGCUUGUCCUCCAUGAAAAUGCAGUUCAAAGCGAUUUUCUAUUGAAAUUCCUGUAGUACUCUUAACCAAGGGAAUCAGCCUUAAAUGUAUUAAAAGGAAUUCACUUUUAUUUUUUAAACAUAAGACACAACUUACAUUAUCAAAGUUAUUUAAUUAGUUAUUUGAUUUUUAAUAAUAAUGUCACAGUGAUUAUAGACAGAAAUCAGAUUUAUACAUUGCUACUGUUUCUGUGCCUUUUUAUAGCUCUUUUCUGUCUCUUGUUUUUUCUAUCUUUUUCUUUUUUCUUUUUCUUCCUUUCUCAGGCUUUCUGUCACUUUUUCUUUCCUUCCUUCUUUUGACCUUCUUUCCAUUUCCUUCUUUUUUCCUUCAACAGUCUUCUUUCUUUCUUUCUUUCUUUCUUUCUUUCUCUAUUUUUAUUUAUAUAUUUAGUUAUUCAGUAAUACAAUUAGUUAUUUGAUAUUUAAUAAUAAAGUCACAGUGAUUAUAGACAGAAAUCAGAUUUAUACAUUGCAUUUCUGACUACAUUAGGUCAUUUUGGAUUCAAAAUUGAUAACUGAUUCAUAAAUGUGGUUUAUUUUGCAGAAUAUUUAAAGUAUUUUAGUGAACUGUCCUAUAGAACUGUUUCUGUGCCAUUUUAUAGCUCUUUUCUAUCUUUAUCUUUUUUCUUUUUCUUCCUUUCUCAGGACUUUCUGUCACUUUUUCUUUCCUUCCUUCUUUUGGCCUUCUUUCCAUUUCCUUCUUUUUCCUUCGACAGUCUUCUUUACUUCUUUCUUUCUUUCUUUCUUUCUUUCUUUCUCUCUAUUUUUAUUUAUAUAUUUAUUCUUUAGUAAUAUAAUUAGAUAUUUUAUAUUUAAUAAUAAAGUCACAGUGAUUAUAGACAGAAAUCAGAUUUAUACAUUGCAUUUCUGACUACAUUAGGUCAUUUUGGAUUCAAAAUUGAUAACUGAUUCAUAAACGUGGUUUAUUUUGCAGAAUAUUUAAAGUAUUUUAGUGAACUGUCGAACUCUUUCUGUACCUUUUUAUAGCUCUUUUCUUUCUUUUGUUUUUAUCUAUCCUUUUUUCUUCUUUUCUCAGGACUUUCUGUCACUCUUUUUUUCCUUCCUUCUUUUUUCCAUGUUUCCAUUUCCUUCUUUUUUCCUUUGAAAGUCUUCCUUCUUUCUUUACAUCUUUCUUUCUUAGUUCAGAACUUUCCAUCACUCUAUCCUUUCCUGUCUUUAAACCCUUCCAUCCAUUUAUUUUCUUUCUUCCUGCCUGCAUUCAAUAAUUGUUUUUCUCUUUUACCUAUUACCCUAAUUUAGGCCUUUCUUCACUUUGUAAAAUAUUUCUGCCUCACCAGUUUCUCUUUGUUGGCUUUGCUAUGUCUUACUAUGCUUUAAAAGUUUAUUCUCUUAUUUUUUCCAACUGUUUUCCAACUAAUUCUGCCCCUUUCAUUCUAUCUCCUGUCAGCUUUCUUUUCAUAAGUCUUUUCCUUCUCAAUAUUUUCUCUUCUUUCUUUACAACUACUAACUCUAUAUUGCCUGACAAGUUUGUUUUGUUUUCUCUCACUUUUUCUUCCUUUCAUGCUCUUUUUCUACUCUAGGUUUCCUUGCAUUCCUCUUAGCUUUCAUUUAUUUACUUUGGCCACUUAAUAAUUUUCUUGUUUUCUCUCUCUCUCUUUCUUUCUAAAUAGUUUCCUCCAGACAGUGUGAUGUUAUUUUUACAAGCCUAUGUACCAUUACAGGACCCACGGUGUCAUUGCUGUAUCACAUAUUCAAUGUUUUUCCUUUUUUUUUUCAACUCACUACACUGUGCAAGCUACACUAUGGCUUAAUUGUACAUUAAAACAGUUUAAGUUUAA